UGAGGUUCGGUGCUUUUCAAUUAUACAACUUGUAUAUCAUAAAGCUGUUCAGCGCAAUGACAUUAUAAACGCCGAGCAAUGUUCCAUACACACUUCAUAAAGGUGUAGGGUUCUUCUUACCACUUAAGCAAUCUUUUCUCUUUUUAGAGUUGACUCUACUUUAUCAUGCAGGUCCUAUUCCAAAGAACAACGAACAUACUCACUAGAUCGUUUCUCUUGCGCUCUUCAGUCCUCAUGCUAGUAUCGGGCAUGAAUCCGUACGAAAACAUCUGUAAAGAACUUGGCCUAGCAGUUGACCAUGACAACUUAAUUGGAGACUAUCAAGAUCAAAACGUAGAACAGACUACCGCAAGUGCAGGAGAAGGCAAGAAAGGGAAAUGGAAAGCACCGCCAGGGUAUUUCUCAAAUGCCGCUCGAGAACAAAGACAAUUUCGUAAAGUGAUGAAGGACAAUCCAAGCUUUACCGAAGAAGAGGUAAAAAGAACAGUUCAUACACUUGCGUUGAACAAGAAACCUAAUGCGGGCUAUUAUAAAAAAGAUGCCUUUAUCGAAAGAAAAAAGAAAUCGAUUACAAAAGGAGAUCCAACAAUGAAUCAAGACGUAGUGCAUGUAAAAGCUACCAAAGAAUAUGAAAACUUUCUAAAAGGACAAAGGGAUAGACAAAUGAAUCGAAGAGCCGCACUAAGAGAGGCAAAAAGAUAUUUGGAAAGUAUUGAUAGCAGUCUGGGAAAAUCAUUCCGUGUAUACAGCGAUAACAGAAAAGAAGCAUGGAUCGGUAGAAGAGUUGACCGCCUUAAGAGAAAGGAUCCUCAACUGAAACAAUCGGAUGCUUAUAGUCAUGUCUACAGCCAAUACCUGCGAAAGCUAGAAAGGGAUAAGAUUACUAGAAAGCAAAGAAAGGCAAAGCUGGCCCGAAAUCAGGAAAAAUAG